AUGGAGACGGACGCCGCCGUCGCGGGCGCCCUGGGCGCGCGCGCGGGCGCGGCGAACGCGACGGUCGACGCCGGCGAGACUGACUUCACCGAACGCGCAAAGUUCAUCCCGCUGCGCCUGGACAACGACGAGCGCAAGAUGCUGCGCUUGCUCGAGGCGGCGCUGCACGUGAGCGAGUACACGGACAAGGUGGACGUCAUGACGUUCCGAUCGAAGACGCAGAGGAUCACGAAGCAGCUCCGCGAGAUCUGCGCCAUCAUGUGCGGCUUGGUCGUCGCGACGGAUUACCGCGCGGGACAGGCGCUCGUCGCGGACAAAGACUUCGCUGCCAACGCGUCCUUCUUCCAGGCCGCGUUCGAGAUCGGGCGACGACACAAGGUGAUGAAUCCGGAGAAGAUGCGAUCGGAGUAUGGGAAGAUGAUCUACCUCCUCCAAGACUCGCAGACGUCGGACGUACAGGAGCUGCUGCAGUUCAAGCUCGUGAAGCCGAUGCGCACGGCGCACGCGCUCCUCGCCGAGAAGGGCGGUCUGGCGCUUCUGAAGGACCCUCUGAUGCAUACGGCGACGGCGGAGAUCAUGCACGAGGGGAAGCCGCGCGCGGUCGUGCAGCGCGACAUCAAGGCGAAGGAGAAGGUCGCGGCGCUCUCCGGGGAGGAAAUCCUCGGCGUGCUGUACAGCGUGUCGGAUAACAACGCGUACCUGAGGUUCAACCGCGACCCGGUGGACAAGAUGAUCACACAUCUGCGCGAGUAUUUUGACCCCAAGACCCCAGAGCCCGGGUUCUCGCUCGGGAUCACCGUCGGGAUGGGCGGCGCGCGUCUGUCGCACAACCACGAGCGGCAGUACGCGUACGUCAUGCAGUCCUUGAUGCUCUGGCGCGAGGUCUCGAACGACAUGUUCAAGCUGUGGUAUCUCGCCGAGAGCGACCUCCUGCGCGAGGGGUCGUACUACCAGCUCACGAACACCGGGCAGGGUUUGAACCGCGUGCAGGGCGCGCCGGCGACGGGGAAGGCGAUCCACGGCGUGUUGGCGCGGUGCCAGAAAAAGCUCGGGAGCUGGGUCGGCUCCUCGGUGGUGCACCUCGGCGACCACAACGUCCCGAACGCGCUGAUGUUCAUCGAUAAGUACGCGCAGGUGCCGCGGAUAUUGAACCCCGUCGCGCUCGUCGUCUCCAACGUCGACGAGCUGUGCGAGGACGCGGGGUUGAGGGCGUACGUCGACGCCACCUUCGGCGGCGCGGAGGCGUGUAAGAAGCACAUCCUCGCGGAUUUUUUCAGGCACGCGUUCGACGGGUCGGGGGCGGAUAACUUUUUCGACGCCGGGUCGUGCAUCGACGGGAGGUUGACCUCCGCGUGGAACUGGUGUUCGAAGAUCGAGAAGAAGGCGUACUACCCGGUGUUUAAGCUCGCGGGGUUCAGCGGGUUCGACGGCGGGGAUUUCCGGUCGUGAUCUGACGACGACGAGGAGGGCGGGCGGGCGGGGAAUUUUUUUGAUCGACGACGACGCGGGGGAAGACGAGAGAGAGAGGAGGUAAUAUGACGUGUCAUCACUAAAACAGUC